UGAAAUUAAUUUUUAAUUGUAAUGAAUUAUGGUUUUAAUUCAUUCGAAUUUUUAAAAUGAAUUUGAGGACACAAUGUCUGAUACUGAAGAUGAUCAGUUUCACCACACAACAGUGAAAAUCACAAUUCUUGGAGAACCUUUUACAGGAAAAAGUAGUUUAUGUCAGCGAUAUUUGAGCAAUAGUCCUCGAGCACCAGGUGGCACUACACAUGGAGCUGAAGUGCUCGCAGGGCAGUGUCUAGGCCUGCGCCCUCCAGUGCCACUGCAUUUGUGCGAUGUUGCAGGCAACAGCCUCUCUACUGGAAUGCUUCGAAACUACUUGUAUGCGUCCGAUGUAGUGUUAUUUGUGUACGAUUUGUCAAAUUUGCAAAGCUUUGACAAGUUAAAUGUGUGGAUAGAGAAGGUGAAAGAGAUUUUCGAUGAAGAACCUAAGAAACCGUUGAUGGCAUUGUUUGGUAAUAAAUCGGAUUUGGAACAUCAAAGAGCCGUUCGAUUGUCCUGUGUAAAGCAAUUAGCAUCGAAAUAUCUAUUGGAAAAUUUUAAAGGAUCAGCCAGGACUGGGGAAAUGGUGAACUAUGCAUUUACUGAUCUGAUUGCUCGAGUGCUAAGGUUGCCAGUGCCAAGUUCGCACGUAACAGUUCCUAUUAAGUUAGAAACUGAGUUAGAACUUUCCAAAGAUGCAUCACAACCUGAUGGAGUACCGACAUCGCCUUUAAUAAUGAAUAGAAAAACUCUUAGAAAAAUACAAAGAAAAGCUUCGUCCUCAAUCUGUUCUGUUCAAUGAUAAUAAAUUAUAUAAAAAUAUGA